UUGCUCUCGCACGUUGACAGCACAUGAUCGACUGUUGUAGCGCGUCUCUUUGCACGUGUCAAAUGUGUCAUUCGCAUUCAAGUGAUGCAUUGCAAACGCAUAUACCUCCUAACUGGUUCUCAGGGAAGAGAUAGAGAGCACUCUUCGGGAAGAUGCAGUUCUCGUACGCGCUUCAAAGGAGGAAGUGACAGGUGACAACUGACAGGUGACAGCUGAUCGUCUUCCCGCGCGGAUUUGUUCCUAGUGAAUUUUAUUUGUUUCAAAUGUGCGACACAUAAUUUGCGAUUAUUUCGUUUUUUUACGAAUAAGAUGCUUCGCGAAAAGGAAAGGAAAAAAAAUAGACGACUACGAAAGCGAAAGGGACAGCAUUAUCUGUUAUGGAGACAAAUUAACGGCAAGGACGAAAGGUUGAAUUUUUCGUUCGCCGGUGGCGGUUUCAUGGGCAUCUAUCAUGUCGGGGUGGCGAUGUGUUUCAAAAAAUACGUGCCGCAUUUACUGAACAAAAUGGGCGGUGCGUCCGCAGGUGCUAUGGCUGCUUGUUGCUUGCUCUGUGAUGCAUCCCUCGAGGACACUAUGAACGGUAUAUUAAACUUAGCGCGUGUAGCACGACAAUAUGCAUUCGGACCAUUCAGUCCAUAUUUUAAUAUGCACCACAUGCUGUUGGUGAAUCUGCAGAAGCUUCUACCGGAUGACGCUCACAUUCGUGUAAAUGAUAAACUGCACAUCUCUUUGACUAGAGUAUAUGAUAGGAAGAAUGUCAUCAUCUCGGAAUUCCAUUCAAAGGACGACUUAAUACAAGCUCUACUAGCUGCUUCGUUUGUGCCAGUGUUUUCUGGUUUCAUGGCACCACAAUUUCACGGCAUCAGGUACAUGGACGUGGUUUUAGUGACAAUCUUCCAAUGUUCUAUGAAGAUACAAUUACUGUAUCUCCAUUUUGCGGAGAGAGUGAUAUUUGCCCUAGAGAUUCCUCGCUUCACCCUGUUUGUGUACGUUUAUUACUCGUGUCUUUCGCAGAUAUAAUGGCUAUUUUUUCACUAAAGAAGUUAUAAAACUCCUGGAUUCUCGUCACGGCUAUGUUAGAUUGUGACGUCAGAGGCAAGAAAAUACACGCUGCAAAUUUCUUAGAUGCCAUUUUUAAAUUAAAAAAAAGAUAUUUCGAUGAGAAAAUACUAUUUCAGAUAAAGCCAUCUGAAGUAAUGUUUCAUUGAAAUAUCUUUAAUUAUAAAAAAAACCAUGCAAGGAAUUUUAACGUGUGCUUUCUCGCCUCUGAUGUCACAAUUCCACUCGU